CACGCUAACGGCACAAAAACUAAUAUACGUAUAAAAAUCAGUUGUUCGUUUUUCUUAUCUUGUUUUUUUUUUCUCUCCUUUAUUUUAUAAUAAAUUAUACAUUCUCCACUUUUACAUAAUUCUUUUGUACAUUAACAAGUAGUAGAAAAGAUUAGACCCAUGUCUUUGAUUCUACGCGUGCUAUCUUUAUUUGGUUUGUUCUUGGCCAUUGUCCUGAAGAGCAAUCCUUCACGAGUGACCUUACCUUCUCUUUACCAACAUCCUUCAGAAUUAUAUAGUCCAGAUUUCUACGAUGGUGGCAACGAUUUGAUCUUACCCAUGGGUAGAAUGCGUUAUUGGGAAUUUGGUCCUACGGAUGGAAAGAAGGUUUUGCUUAUUCAUGGUAUUUCUACUGGUGCCUCGACGUAUGACAAAGUAGGCCGUAUUUUGGCAGAAAAUAAUCAUCGUGUUCUUGUGUUUGAUUUAUGGGGACGUGGAUAUAGUGAUGCACCUGCUAUGCAUUAUGAUGAUUCCCUUUAUGUGACACAGGUGGCUCUUUUACUUCAAAAAGUGGGAUGGAAUAAAAUGGAUGUGGUUGGUGUAUCAUUAGGAGGUGGUAUCGCUUCUUCUUUUACUGCUUUUUAUCCUGAAAUGGUCAACAAAUUAGUAUUGAUUGCACCAGCUGGGUUAAUGGAACCUAAUGAUAUGCCCUGGACUGGAAAGCUUGCUCGACAUUCAUUCAUGCGACAUAUCGUCUCACUUCCUUUUGUACGACCUUUGGCGUUGGUGGCCAUCAAGAAUUUUUACAAAUCAGUAAGAAGAGAUCCUCUUAAUGAAGAAUCACAAAAGAUCGCUAGUAUUGCCCUAUAUCAAUUUGAACAUCAUCCAGGUUUCUUGCGUGCCUUCCUUUAUACAGUUUCAGAUUUCCCUUUUUAUGGUCUUCAUGAUCGAUAUGAAACUGUGGGUCAAUAUUGUCGUAAUUCAUCUCUUCAAGUUCUUGCUCUUUGGGGUGAUGCUGAUAAGACGGUACCAUUUGAAAAUGUUAAAUUACUCAAGAGAUAUAUUCCUGAAGCAACAAUUGAAGUCUAUCCCGGUGGUGGUCAUGAUAUUAUUAUUACUCAAGCAAAUAAAAUAGCUAGUGAUAUUUUACAAUUUCUUCAAUAAUAAAAUAAUAUUAUUUUUAUCUUUUUUGAACAAUAAAACAUCGACCUCUUUUGGAACA